CAGUGUCAGUGUUCAUGAGCAGAACUGCUGGUGCAGAAGAACAAAGCUAUGUAUCUCAGUUGUUUAGGGUAGCAGGAGUGAUGAGCAAGCAAGCAGAUUCCCAUGCUUUCAGGAGGAAAUGCUUCAAAGAAAGGAGGGAGAAGAAGAGUGACUUUUUCCUUUAGAAAAUACUCACUGCUGCUUCAAGAUCGAUGAGAGCAAAUUGUUUGAGGACUUCUGGGUAAUGAUGAAAGGGAAGGGAACCUGCUCUUUAAAACUCUCAAGCAACUACAGGGAAGGUGUGAAAACAGAUUUGUUUGUGCAGGAGCUGCCUGGGUGUGUCCAUAAUGAAUGGAGAAGGAAUGGUGUCUUCACCUGAAGAUUCAUCAUCUAAUCUAGAUUUGAUGACUUGCCACUGGAGGAGGAUAUACUUUACUGUACAUUUCAGAAGUCCUGGCAGCAAGUUAUUUUUGAAGAUAAUAAUGCAGCAGAAAAAUGGAAAGCCAUAGAAGACCUUUGCUUUGGCAAAGAAAUCAGCUGUUGGCCCAGUCUGGAAGAUGGACCACUGUUUUUGGAAAGCCUGGGAAAUACUGCUUCAAAAAGCAAGUUUUCCUAACUUAGAAGAAAAGACAGAGUGUCCAGCUAUUUGUGAGUUUAAAUCACAACAAACUGUACAGAAUACUGCAGUGCAGAAGGAAGACACUUGAGCUCCAAAGCAGGAGGGCUCCUGAUGUGCUUCUAAAUGCAGAAACUUGUCCAAAACCUACUGUUGAAUUAUACAACUUUCCUUACAAAACUACUGAGAGCAAAAAGAUCCUGUCCCUAUCAGGAAGCUGAAAGCUCGUCUGUAGAAGCAGUAAGGAAACUCAACAAUGAAUCCUUUCAGAGUGAAGAUCCCUUGAAUGAAGAAUUUGAAACUGUUGCUGUUCUCAAUAGCAUCUCUGGCCAUAUCCAUUAUGUCUCAUGUGGCUCACUGGAAAGUGCUGCCUUACCUGUAAAGAAAGGUGGUUUUGUAUAUAGUGUGGAGAGCAAUAAUGAUGAGGGCAACACAGUCCUGGUAGUUUUAAACAACUAUAAAAGGAAAUGCUGUUGCAAAGGGAGUGGAAUGGAACUUGUGGCCCCUUGACAGCUCUAAAGAGGUCCAAAUUUAACCAUCAUACUGUAAAAAAGAGAUUUUUAUUUAUGAUGCACAAGAAACUUUCUAUGGUUAGGUUUCGGUAUAGAAUCAUAAAAUUCCCGAAACUUCGAGCAAGAGGCAAGACUUGCAAAUUAAGAAAAAUCAGGCGAAGGUGGGUGCAGAAAGUUACAAGGGACCAUCAGGAAACGCUUCAGCAGGAUUUUGAAGGUGGAUUUUGUAAUUUGUUUUCCUCCUGGAAAUCUAGAAGUAAGCGUCUUUGGAAGCGGUACAGCUUGUCCGAUAUGAACAAUAAUACACCCAAAUCUGUCGGAGCGGAGAAUGAGGUCUGUGCACCCGAGAUCUGCCACACACAGGAUGUGUCCGCUGAGCCGUGUGCUGAGGAUCCAGAAUCCCGAGGGCACGGUGCCAGUGUGGAUGCUGUCCCACCAGAACUGCAUGCUUCUCCAGAGGCAGAAACCUUGCACCAGGUGGAGACCAACGGGGCUCUUGCAGAGGAGCAUUGCUCUGACAUUGUCGUCUCCGUGGCAGGAAAAGAACUCACUGUUUCAGAUCAAGAUGGUGCAGAAUCCAAGGAGGUUGUGGGUGUAGAUGGAAUGACACUGUUGCAAUCCUCCUUGCAGGAUUCUGAUGUCAGUGAUAAUUUCACAAAUGGACCUUCAUCCAUGGAGCUGACACAGAAUGAGGACAGCUCUAGCCAGAUGGAAGUAGAAGGCUCCUUAAACUUGGACAUUUUUAGUUCAAAAUUACUAGAUCACCCUUACAGUAAAAGUCCUCUGGAGGAGCCUUCACCAGAAAGCACAGGACUGAAAUCAGGAACUCGGAAGGGAGGCAAAAGGAACAGUCAGAAAACUUCCCGGGUGGCUGAUGAGCAGCUGGCAACGUGGCUUUGUGGAUUCCUAGAUGAAGUUAUGAAGAAAUAUGGCAGUUUAGUACCACUCUGUGAAAAAGAUGUCAUGGGAAGAUUAAAAGAAGUCUUUAAUGAAGAUUUCUCCCAUAGAAAACCUUUUAUCACCAGGGAAAUAAUGAAAUAUCGAGAAAAACAUCCAAAAACCUCCACUUGCAAUUUCCGGGUCUUCUAUAAUAAGCACAUGCUAGAUAUGGAUGAUUUGGCUACACUGGAAGGCCAGAACUGGCUGAAUGACCAGAUAAUUAACAUGUAUGGUGAACUGGUAAUGGAUGCGGUCCCUGAAAAGGUUCAUUUCUUUAACAGCUUUUUUCAUAGACAGCUCGUAACCAAAGGAUAUAAUGGGGUAAAACGAUGGACUAAAAAGGUGGACUUGUUUAAGAAGACUCUCUUGUUAAUUCCUAUUCACCUGGAAGUCCACUGGUCCCUCAUUACUGUGAACAUCCCCAGUCGAAUUAUUUCAUUUUACGAUUCCCAAGGCAUUCAUUUUAAGUUUUGUGUAGAGAACAUUCGAAAGUAUUUGCUGACUGAAGCAAAAGAGAAGAAUCGCCCCGAAUUCCUUCAGGGUUGGCAGACUGCUGUGACAAAGUGCAUUCCACAACAGAAAAAUGACAGUGACUGUGGGGUUUUUGUGCUCCAGUACUGCAAGUGCCUCGCCUUAGACCAGCCUUUUCAGUUCUCCCAGGAAGAUAUGCCCCGAGUGAGAAAAAGGAUUUACAAGGAGCUGUGUGAACGCCAGCUAAUAGACUAAUAAAAUGCAGCCAACCUAAUUUCUCUGGCAUUUCUGACAAGUUGCAGCUGGUGUUUGUGUACUUGAAUUUCUGAAAAUUUCCAUGAAUUUUCAGCGAUUCUCAGCUGAGUGGUGUGGCCACUGUUGUUACCUCAAUCUUUUGCAAAAGUUCUUUAAC